AUGAAGAGAAACUUAGAGGAGGACCCCAAAUCCAAACAGGCUCUCGCUGACUUGGCUGACCCUGCUAAGAACCCUCUCAUUCCUUUCUUGUCCGAAUUCGACGAGGUUCAGAAGGCCCUCAUGUCGCUCGACGAGGAGUGCGCCAACGAACAGAUGAACAUCCAGAGGAUGUUCGACAAGAAGAAGCAGCCCUACUAUGAUAAGCGCCAGGAGAUUAUUGAUAAUAUCCCUGGAUUCUGGUGUAAGGCGCUGACACACCAUCCUGCCCUGUGCUACCUCACUUCCGCAGACAUUCCCGUGUUAGAACAACUUAAGAGCAUUGAGCUUUACGACAACUUGGAUAAUAAUGGCUCCUAUAAACUGACUUUGAAUUUUUCUGACAAGGCUUCUGAGUUCAUGAGUCCACUUUCCCUCACCAAACACGUUGUUUUCAACAAUAACAAGGAGAACGUCAAGGAGUGUACUAAGAUUACCUGGAAACCAGGCAAGAGUCCUGUCGACGAGGCUAUUAAGGCCAGGAAGAACGACAAGUGUAUAGACUGGUCCCUGUUCGAGUGGUUCACUGAGGAGGAAUGGCUCAAUCGCCCAGACAUUGGUGAAAUAAUAAGGCGCGAGGUAUGGCACGCGCCCCUCGCCUAUUACAUGGACACUGUAUCCGUUGACUUCUUCGACGACGAGUAUGAAAUGCUCGACGAUGAAGAUGAAGUUUAA